AUCACCGACGUGACGUCGAAGUGCGGGGGCCAGUCCUUCACUCACGAACCGUUUGGGCCCAUGAUAGAGUCGCGGUGGAAUGGAGGGCGCUUACGGCGCUUGGAGAUGCAUGUGAAGUACGGAUGGGGAGACCCAUAUUACUCUGAGGUUGUCCGUCGGACGUUAGGGAAGUACGUAGACGAAGGGCUAGAUGUUGUGAUUUUUGACGGAGAAUGUGUUGUGUAACCGUGUAUUGUAUUGCCUAAAGUUCAUUUGAUAACAUUGGUAUUGAGUGUGUGGCUUUGUUGUGCUGCAUGAUUCCCUCUCGCUGGGAAAGAACGCGUCGAAUGUCCACAGUAUACAUAAAUGGUCAAGGAGGCCACAUCGUCAUGGGCAAGCUUUUCCUGGACAAAGAGGAGUGGCUCCGGAAGCCGAGUCUCCUGGAAAGGAGCACGCGCUGCUCUGGAUGCCUUGGCAUUAUUAAUUUCGAAGAAGACUAUGACGUUGAUGUAUGGACGAGACAUCGCGACUCUUGUAGAGGAAUCGAAGAGAGGAUGAUGAUUACCAUUGCUAGAGCACUGGAGUUUCCGGCACGAGAUAUGGAUGUGCACGAUUCUGGCGAUGCGUUUUGUGGUCCUGAUGAUGGGUGGGAGCCCGUGAAGCAAUCUGUACUGGACGAGAAAUGGCACACGUUAAAGGAAAUAUUAUCGGACAAAUCUGCCGAGGAGGCGGAGGAGAAUGGGUCGAAGACGGUGACGUUUGUGGAAAUCGAAGAUUGCGAAGAUGUCGAGGAAGACGUCGAUGAUACUGAUGGUAGUUGCAUCAGAUAUGAGAAUGAAGCCUACUCCGAGGGAAAAGGUUCAGAUUUACGUCAUGAUUUCAGUGUACCGACUGCUGGCCCGGCUUAAUUUGGUGGGUGGCAGAAACCUGUUGUAGAACGUGUAAACUGAUGAACUUCUAAAGCAGGGGUAGAAUAGGACAGCAGUAUAUUGUUUGCAGUGGCCGGACUCGAAGAUAAAUCUCUCUUGUAAUCUCAUAC